AUGUAUACGUGUUUAAUAUUAUUUUUUCUAUUCAUUUGCGGGGAUUCUCAAAAAUUCUACGACAGUCGCUAUGACUAUUACGAUACCGAUUAUCUAGUUGAAAAUCCGCGACUCCUCAAGAAAUAUAUUAAUUGCUUCCUCAACGAAGGGCCCUGUACUCCAAUUGGAAAAGACUUUAAAUUGGCAUUACCGGAAAUAGUCAGAACGGCUUGCUCACGAUGUUCGCCAUCACAAAAGAGGCUCGCACAGAAAACCUUCGAAGCCUUCAACCUGUACCUACACGAUGAUUACAAUACACUGAAAAGUCGAUUGGAUCCUGAGAACAGAUUUUUCGGGAACUUCUUAAGAACUAUAUCAAAAAAAUCAAGAUAA